CGGGAGUCUCAGCUUCGCUGCCGAGGAAAGGCUUGGAGGUGGUCCUGAUGCCGCGUGCUAAAAGAGCUUUGAAGCUGGAAAAUCUUAUUCCAGAAAAAGUGCCAGCAACAUCACCAGUAAAAGGAAAGAAAAAUGGCCUUCUUUUUUCACCAACAACAGGAACAUGUCUAAUAAGUCCAUUUUCAAGUCCCAGGAGUAAUCAUGCCAAAAAACAGAGAAAUGACCUAUCAAAUGUUCUGUCAGGCUGCAGAAAUAAUGGCAAAGAAUCAGAUGAAAUCAGAGAGUCUUCCAUAGUCUUGCCAAUCCAAUCCAAUAGGAAGGAGCAACAUCAAACGAAAAACAAUGACAAACUCUUGGUAUUGCAGUCUGAAGUUGAACAUUCUGUGGAAAGAUUCCUGCAAACCCGAAAAAAACUAACCAAUUUGAAGGCUUUAGAGGGCACCAGAGAGCUGGAAAAUAUUCUGGGCACUUCAGACAAGUCUGGUAACUUAAAAAUGGAAGUGAAAAAAUCCAGGAAACUGAUUGAGCAAGUCAGAAAGAGAAACCUGCGAAAACCGGGUGCUGCUAGAUUUUCUACUCAAGAGAAUCUCCAACCUGCCAAUAGCUUUGCAUUCCUGAAAUCUCUCAUUGGCUAAGGUCUUAAGAAUAUAUCAAGCUUGGCUGCAAGAUUCUCCAACUGCCUGAUCCUACUUAAAAGGUUAAAAAAAACCCCUCCUGUAAAUCUAUCUCUCCAGCAAAUACCAGCUAAGGAUUGCUCAGUGUACCAGGCAGGUGCACAUCUAGAUACAGUUUCUUGCAUCUAAUUUAAACUUUACAAUCUGUACAGCUAGUUAAUCUCAAUGUAAAUAAUACACUUGCCAUAGCUUUUUAUGCAAAUAUGUAAUGGCAUAAAUUGUAUUCUUUCUAUUCCUUUCUAAACCCAAGAAAACUUGCCUGAUGUUGGUAAAAAUUCUUUAAUAAGCUUUUCACUACAUUUUUAAAGAAGGCCUACUUUUAGAGAUGGAUGCUAUUUCCCAGGCCUUCAAA